UUCCUGUCACAUUCCCACGUGUCAUUUAUAAACCCGGUGGAACCUGUUAGCACCUGGCCACUUCAUCCGAAUCCCGGGCAGCACUCCUCGCAGUACUUGCUUCACUUUCUGGAUUUGGAUUUUGCCCUGGGGGUUUCAUCCUAGUUCCUUCAAUUUAUUGAUUUUUGUUUGUUUGUUUGUUUGUUUUGGGGGGGGGGGGGGGGGGGGGGGGUGUUGUUUGAGGUCAAAAUGAUGCAGGAGGUGUCGGUCACCUUGUCCUGCGACGCUCAGAUGGUGGAGCAAAUGAGCGAGGAGGAGAUCCUGGCCUGCCUAGUGGCUGAAACGGGACCCCACUUCCCGGAGGUCCCGACGAAGAAAGCCAAACUGAGAGAAAGCCGCCUUCAACUGAUGGACGACCAGGAGGAGGAAGACCCCCUCAACAAAUGCCAGAUUGAGAACCGCCGUCUUCAGCAGGCCAGCCUCCGUCUGGAGCAGGAGAACGACAACCUGGCCCACAGGCUCAUCACCAGCAAAGUGGCCCUCAGGAACGCCCUGGAUAAAGCGGAGGACAGCGUGGAGGUGCUCACCGGCGACCUUUUGCUGACCCGACGUCAACUGCAGGCCAUCGAGGAGGAGAAGCGAGGGAAGGAGGAGGAGGCGGCCACGUUGAAGGAUGUGUUACGGCGGGAGCUGGAGAGGGCCGAGCAGGAGCUCAAGCGGUCGUCAGGCAUCAUCGCGGACUACAAACAGAUCUGCUCUCAGCUGACGACUCGUCUGGAGAGGCAGCAGGACGCGCACGUGGAGGAGGUCCGCUCGCUCAAGAGCGUCGUGAGGGCCUGCCCGCGUUGUUGUCAUCACGUAGCGCAAUCCGAAGACGACGGAGAAUCAUCAGCUCACACGUCUCACGCGUCGCCUUCGCUUUCGCCGCCACAUAAUGGCAGCGUAGGGGUGGUGCCGGAAUGGGAACAGCAGCGCUUGGGCCCCACCGAGGCGCAACUGAGGCGGGAGAACCAGGAGAAGGCUUCCGUCAAGACUCAGAUCAGGCAACUGGAGAAAGAGCUGGCCCAGACUAAACUACAGGUGGUGGAGGCCAACUGCAAAAUCCAGGAGCUGGAGCACGAGAGGGGCAUCCUGGCCAACGACCUCCAGGACGCCAAGAACAACUGGAUCAGCAAGGCCUUCACCUCACUGCGCACGUCCACCGACGGAGGCCCGACUUGGGGCCGCGGCCCGCACGGAGCCUCCCUGUCGGGAUGGAAGCUGUCGUGGCCCCACAAAGACAACCGAGAAAAUGUGUGACUCAGGCUCGCCGGCAACUGCGGCGCAAUUAUGUCUCACUCUGGACACUAAAGGGCGCUCUGGAGAAGGUGAAGCUUCUGCGAUGAAGGCUGACCCUCGGAACUUGAACGGGAGCUUUUUCCUUCGUUGGAUUUUGAAUUUUAUUUUCAUGUUUUUGUGUCAUGUGUCAAAAAGAAGUUAUACACUUAAAUGCUAAUUGUAAAAUUAAAUAGUUUUUGUUGUUUCCGGUCAAAUGAAUGAACUUUUUUUUUCACAUAAAAAGCUAGG